GACUCAAAGAAGAUUAAAAAAAAUAUAAUUAAAAAAAAUGUUGAAGCUUCAUCUUCAACAAUCACCACAAUCUACAAAACCCUUAAUUCCAUGGAGUACUAAGCCAAUAUCCUUAGCCUCUUUUCCCAUAAAUGUUUUAAAUGAAAACUUUGGAAUAAAAAAUAAGAACAAUAAUUUUAGGAUUCAUCAUAAUUAUAAUAAUGCUGCAAAUAGCACUAAGGCUGUGCUUUCUACUGAAAAAUCCACAGGUGUUAAAGUUGUUGUGACUGUUCAAAAACAAGUUAAUAUAAGUCUAUCAAGAGGACUUGAUGAUAUUGGUGAUUUGCUUGGUAAAUCAUUGCUUUUAUGGAUUGUUGCUGCUGAGCUUGAUCCUAAGACUGGAACUGAGAAGCCAAACAUUAAAGCAUUUGCACAUCGUGGAAAAGAUGUUGAUGGUGAUACACAUUAUGAGGCUGAUUUUUCAAAUAUUCCAGAAGAUUUUGGAGAAGUUGGUGCAAUUUUAAUAGAAAAUGAACAUCACAAAGAAAUGUAUGUGAAGAAUAUAGUAAUUGAUGGAUUUCCCCAUGGCAAAGUUAAUAUUACAUGCAAUUCUUGGGUUCAUUCCAAAUUUGAUAAUCCUGAGAAAAGGGUUUUCUUCACUAAUAAGUCAUAUUUACCAUCUCAAACUCCAAGUGGAGUAAAGAGGUUAAGAGAGGGAGAACUUGUAACAGUAAGAGGUGAUGGAGUUGGAGUAAGAAAACAAUUUGAUAGAAUUUAUGACUAUGAUGUUUAUAAUGAUCUUGGUGAUCCUGAUGCUAAUGAUGAUUGUAAAAGACCAGUACUUGGUGGAAAAGAAUUACCAUAUCCUAGAAGGUGCAGAACUGGUAGACCAAGAAGCAAAAAAGAUCCAUUAUCAGAAUCAAGGAGUAACUCAGUGUACGUACCAAGAGAUGAAACAUUUUCAGAAGUGAAGAGCUUAACAUUCUCAGGCAACACAGUUCACUCUGUCCUACACGCCGUCGUGCCGGCAUUGGAGUCAGUUGUCUCCGAUCCCGAUCUAGGGUUUCCUCAUUUUCCGGCUAUCGACUCGCUUUUCAAUGUCGGCGUCGAUAUUCCGGGACUUGGAGAGAAAAAAGGGGGACUAUUGAAUGUCAUACCAAGGCUCUUUAAGGCUAUUUCUGAUACUGGAAAAGAUGUUUUGCUCUUUGAAACCCCUCAAUUGCUUGAAAGGGACAAAUUUUCUUGGUUUAGAGAUGUGGAAUUUGCUCGUCAAACUUUAGCUGGUUUGAAUCCAUAUAGUAUACGAUUGGUUACGGAAUGGCCAUUGAAGAGCAAGCUAGACCCUGAGGUGUAUGGACCUCCUGAAUCAGCAAUUACAAAAGAGCUAAUUGAACUAGAAAUUGCAGGAUUUAUGACUGUUGAAGAGGCAGUUGCACAAAAGAAGUUGUUCAUACUAGAUUAUCAUGAUUUGUUGAUGCCAUAUGUAAACAAAGUGAAUGAACUCAAAGGAACAGUACUCUAUGGAUCAAGAACUUUGUUCUUCUUGACACCUGAUGGAACAUUGAGACCAUUGGCCAUUGAGCUAAUUAGGCCACCAGUAGAUGGUAAGCCGCAAUGGAAGCGCGUUUAUUGCCCAACUUGGCAUGCCACUGGUGCUUGGCUAUGGAAAUUGGCUAAAGCUCAUGUUCUUGCUCAAGACUCAGGCUAUCACCAACUAAUUAGUCACUGGCUAAGAACUCAUUGUUGUACAGAGCCAUACAUCAUAGCAACAAAUAGGCAACUAAGUGCAAUGCACCCAAUAUACAGAUUAUUGCAUCCUCAUUUCAGAUAUACAAUGGAGAUAAAUGCCUUGGCUAGAGAAGCACUUAUAAAUGCCAAUGGUAUCAUUGAGAGUUCAUUUUUCCCUGGCAAGUAUGCAUUGGAGUUGAGUGCUGUUGCCUAUGGUCUUGAAUGGAGAUUUGAUCAAGAAGCACUCCCAGCAAACCUUAUUAGCAGGGGAUUGGCUGUGGAGGAUCCAAAUGAACCACAUGGAUUGAAGCUCACAAUAGAAGAUUACCCUUUUGCUAAUGAUGGUUUAGUACUUUGGGACACACUUAAACAAUGGGUAACAGCUUAUGUCAACCACUAUUAUCCACAAACAAAUCUUGUUGAAUCUGAUAUAGAACUUCAAGCUUGGUGGUCAGAGAUAAAAAAUGUUGGUCAUGCUGACAAGAAAGAUGAGCCAUGGUGGCCAGAGUUGAAAACUCCAAAUGACUUAAUUGGUAUUAUCACAACAAUAGUUUGGGUAACUUCUGGACACCAUGCAGCUGUUAACUUUGGUCAAUACAGCUAUGCAGGUUACUUUCCAAAUAGGCCAACAAUUGCAAGGUCAAAAAUGCCAACUGAGGAUCCAACAGAUGAAGAAUGGGAGUGUUUCUUGAAUAAACCUGAGGAAGCACUACUAAAAUGUUUCCCUUCACAAAUUCAGGCAACAAAAGUAAUGGCAAUUUUGGAUGUCUUAUCAAACCAUUCACCAGAUGAAGAAUAUCUUGGUGAAACAAUUGAACCUUACUGGGCUGAAGACCCCGUAAUUAAAGCGGCAUUCGAGGUAUUUUCGGGAAAAUUGAAGGAACUUGAAGGGAUAAUUGAUGCUAGAAAUGCUGAUCCUAAGUUGAUGAAUAGAAAUGGAGCUGGAGUUGUACCUUAUGAAUUAUUAAAACCAUUUUCUGGACCUGGUGUUACUGGAAAAGGUGUACCUUAUAGUAUUUCUAUUUGAUUUUUGGAUUAGUGAUUUUUUUUUUUGUGUCAAUGACAUGAAUUGUGUAAUAAACAUUCACGUGAAAUAAAAAUGAUGCUAU